UUGAAAUUAUAGUUGCCAUUCCUUCUCCAAUGAGAGGUUGGUUCAUUGGGCUGACUCUGUGCUCAUUCAGUUAAACUGAUAGGAUGAAUCACUAGUUUUUUUAAGGUAAGAUUACAGUUCUAAUGCUUGAUUAUUUCUUUCUCUGUAGGGAGUACAAGAAGAUAAUCAUGAGUUGUACUGACAUCCAGUUCUAAUUAAAGUAAUGACCAUGGACUGUCCAGAAUUGAAUCACUGCAAUGAUCACACUUUACUUGGAAACUUAGAAUCAGAGAAAGAUUCAAACUCUUUAAUCAUAGAUAUUCCACAUUCUCUCAAUGAUGGUUCUGGUGGCAACUGGAAUCAGAAUAAUAAUUUAAGUGAUCUAGAAAGAGAGUGGAAUGUUGAUCAAUGUCUCAUUGUUUCAGAAAAUGGUGAAAAGCGGUGGAAGUGCAGCCUAUGUUCAAAACUUUAUACUGCUAAACAUAAUCUUGUUACUCACAUGCUAGGGCAUGCUGGAGUAAGAAGGUUCACAUGUGAAGUUUGUAACAAAUCUUUUAAACAACAAAGUCAUUUAAAUGCUCAUCAAUUAAUACACUCGGACAGAAGACCACAUGAAUGCCCAACAUGCCAGAGAAGGUUCUGUCAAGUAGCUCAUCUUAAACGACACAUGUUAAUACAUCAGAGAGGAAAUUUCCACAAAUGUCACCUAUGUGAACGUAGAUUUGCUUUCCCUAGUGAGUUAAGGGUGCACUUAGAAAAGCACAAACAAGAGGGUACAUAUGUAGAAGGUGAAAACCAUGGCCAAAACAUAGAUAAUGUUGAGGAGUCCACUGGAGGACGAAGAAAAAAGGUACAUCAGAUCACAUGUGAGGUUUGUCAACGUGUUUUUAUGUAUCCAAGUCAACUGAAAGAUCAUAUGAUUGUUCAUACACAGACUCGACGUUAUUCAUGCAAUGUAUGUGGGAUGAAGUUUAUGAAAGAGCAUCACUUGAAAACACAUCGAUUGACCCAUAGUUCUGUGAAACCUUUUUUCUGUCCAAUAUGUGGACGAAGUUUUUCUCUUAAGGCAAACAUGGAAAGACAUGUGUUGGUUCACAGUGCAGACAGGCGAUUUUCCUGUGAAGUUUGUGGUAAGAAGUUCACUCAAGCCCAAACACUACGAGCUCACAUGGUUUCCCACUCAGAAGUUAAACCUUAUUCAUGUUCAAUUUGUGGUAAAGGCCUUUCAAGAGCUCAUAAUCUUCGUGCUCAUAUGGCUCUUCACAAAAAUAGCAAACCCCAUAAGUGCUCUUUCUGUGGAAGUUCUUUUACACUCAAAGGUAAUCUACAAAGGCAUAUGAAGGAAAAACAUGGUAGUGUUGAGGUAGCAACAACAAAAGAAGUGACAGGCAAAAAGAUUGAUUCCUGUAAGUCCCAUAUGAACUGUAGUAAUGUUUUAACACCAAGUCAACCAAUGAAUAAUGCUCAGGAUUACCACACACCAUUAAAUGAAGCUGAACCUAAAGCAACAAAACGAAGGAAAAACACCCCUAAGAGGCUAAAAAAGUAUGGUUGUACUGAAGAAGAAAAUUAUCAUGAUGUUGAUGGAGUUGGCCCUUUGCAAAAAUCUGAAAAGUCUAAUGAGGAGGAAACAGAAUGCCCAGAAGUCUGUACUCAGCCUGAAUCUGUUGUUCCUGAGACAGUCCUCUCAGCAGAAGAAAACAGUGGAGAGAGUACUCUCCCUCAGUCUUCUAGACUGGGGGAUAUUUUUCAUACUUCUUCUAGUUAUUUCCCACCUUACUCUACACCCGACUUUUCAUCCGACCACAAACCUUUUACUUAUCUCCAUUCAGUACAACAUGGUCAAGUUUCUAUGGGAGCUUCUCCAUAUGGUCCUGUGAACCCUAGUCCUGUCAUCAGCACAACCCCUAUUAGUUCUAUUAUGAGUCCUUUGGCACAGAACUACUAUGUUGAACAUCCAGGCUUUUCUUCUUGUCUCCCUCCUCCUGCUGAUGAUAUCACCAUAAAAGUUCAGGCUUUGCAUACAGCAAUAGAUGAGUUAGCAGGAAAACUGAAUUCCCCACACAACAAGGUUGUAGCUGUGCAUGCUGCUGUUAGUGAGUUAGUAAACACCCCCUCCUCUACAAAUAUGUGUUCAUAGCAGUCUUAGACUGUCUUUUUUUUUUUUCUCACUAUAUUGUUUAUGUAAAUUUAAGUCAUUCAUUUCAUUUGCAUAUUAAUGUGUGCCAAAUCUAAUUUCAAAGUUGAUAUAUUUGUUAGUGAAAUUACCGUAUACUGCAGCUACAGAGUGGUCUACCAGCAUAGGACAGUCUUAGAAGUUUUAUUUACUGCUGUUGAAACAUAACAUUUAUGUUAUCUAUAUUUAUUGAAGAUUAAUUUUUUUUAAUGAAGUACAUUUUGUUGGAACAUAUCAAUGUAAUGGUGUAAAAUUAAUGGUUUUUUUCAUUUUUAACAACAAAUCAAGCCUGAUUUUUAAAUAUAGAAUGUGAAUAUCUGAAUAACUUUCAUUAUGAAAGUGAAGAAAUAACCCAAGAUAAUUGGAUAUGCACAACAGGAUAUUUAGUAUGUACAACAUAUUAGAAAUUUUUGUGUUAAUUUUUCAGCAUAUGCCAUAAAUCAAAUCAACAUAAAUUAUGUGCAUGUAUGUAUACAUGUAUAUUUCAGGGCCUGCGAAUCACAAAAGUUUUUCGAAUCAAAUCAAAUUGGCUGUGCAUAUAUAGAUUAUAGGGUAUAUAUAGGCUGAAUUAAAUUUUAAAUUAAAUAGAGAAUGCCUCUACACAUAGUUAAUAAUGAGUAUAAAAAAUACAUCUUUCUGAGAACAAAAGACAAAGUAAAUCUUUCUAAAAAUAAAAGAUAUAAUGUGCUUAAAUAUCUUGAAGAAGAAUGGUACAAUAGUGUUAUUACAACAAAAUGGGUUCCAGUAUAUAGACUGAAUUAAAAACUAAACUCUGAAGUUUACUGGAAGUGAUGUAGAUUCAAAAAAUAUUGAAUUGGAGCCCUAACUAACAAAUCGAAUCUCAAAGCUUCUUGGGGCCCUAAUAUAUGUAUAUUUAUUUUCUUUUUUUGUUAAUAUGAUAUGCCAUUUUAUGUAAAUUCAACCGAAAUGUACAUUAUCACCAAAUAAUGUACAUAUAUCAGUAUGGAACAAUGAAGAAUUGGUCAUUAUUGGAUCUUUGGGUGAAUACUUAAUGUUUAUGUUUGCAGAUGUAAUUCAUUACAUAUAAUGUGUGUAUGUAGUAAGUUACCGAAUAUUAUGUUUCAUGUAGCACACUAGAUAUUAGACUCACUGAUUUUCCUGUAUUAUGUACUUGAGUCAAAACAAAUGUCUCGAACUUAAAACAUAGUUUGGGAAGGUAUUCAGCUAUCUAUUGUUUUACCAAUUGUUUGUUGAACCAAUGACUAUUUUUACUAAUGUCAUAACAUUUUACAAUGUCAUAACUUACAUGAGUUUUAUUAGAUAUGAUGUAAGAAAUCAUAGUAACUAUUUACUAUUGUAUAUCUUGUAGAUUAUAUAAACAUUUGUAUGUUGGAGCUUGGAAAGCUCCUUGUCCAUAUAUACAUAUAUAUAUAUAUAUUUUUUUUGUUUUGCUCUUUCACUCCACUCAACUGUCAGCUCUUAAAGUAUGAUUAUGAACUUACUUCACCCAAAAUCUCGGUAAAUAACCACAAGAUAAAAAAUGUUUAUUUUUAAAAGAUUCAAAACAUACUCUUCAUUUUCAUAUAAACAUAAAUCUCUUUAAUCCCUUACCCACGGCGGAUCGGUGGUAAGUUUCAUGAUUUGCAAUACUCAAAUUUAGGGUUGAUUCCUCACUGUGUACACGGUACAGAUAGCCCAUUGCUGUGCACUAAAAAACCAACAAUAACAACUAAUCUGUGUCUCGGGUUUUAAUUCUAUAAUUAAGUCAAGAAAAUAAACUCAGUUUUUCAUUUAGCAUGCUUAAUGUAUAUUUUCACUUCUGCAAUUGUAAAAUGUAAAGUACAUCAUCAAGCUUAAAAAAAAACCAAUACCUCAUGUUUUAACUUUCAAUUUUAUUUUUAAUGUUGAUUAAUAUCCAAAAAAGGAAAAGACUAUUUGCUGAAAACGUAAUACCAUCCAAUGCUGGUUGUUAGAUGUGUUAUAUAAAAGCAUACUAACAAUCACUGUAUUUAGUAUUUCUUGUGUCAAGUAUUUAUCUAGGGAAUGUAUACUAAAGUUACUCAUUUUUGAGAAUAGUUUUUGAGUCAUUACAUGCAGAUUGAGGAUCUCAUUAAUUCAUGUUCCAGGGGACCAGUAUUUAGCACAGAUAAAUUCAAAUGGUAAUAUAUGUAUAUACACUUUUGAUUUAAUUUUGAAAGAGUUUACAUCAGAACUCUGAUAAAGAAGAUUUGUACAGUGUAAUUAGUUUGUUUUGUGCUGGCACAAAUUUGAGGGUACUUGUCUUGUUUAUGGUAGAUGUUGCUACUCUUUCACCUGAUUAAAUGGUGAGAUUUCAUUAUACAUAAUUCAUACAGAAAUUAUUAUCUACAAGAUUUAUAAUUCUAAGUGUUUCACAACUUCUAUUAAAUCACCAGUGAACUGUUUAACUGUAUAGAAAAGAAGGAGUAAGGUUACGAUUGUUAAUUUUUCUUAAAGAAAUACUCACUCUCUAACAAUGUAAAUGUGAUAAAGAGUAGAAAUAGGAACAAAUUGAAUGUUGUUGAUAUACUUUUUUAGUUAACCCUAUCUUGAAAAUGGGGAUUCAAGUGGACCCCAGUGCUCUUUUUUUUUAAUUUCUCAUUAAAGGAGGAGACUGAGCACUCCUUGUGUAUUCUAUUGUCUGAUUAUGAUGAAGUACAUAAUUAUAUUGUUUCGUGUAGGUGUUACAUAUAUUGAGUGGAAAAUUCAGGGCACUUGUACAGUUAACUUGAUGGUAAAAAUUGUGGAAUGUUUUGACAUUUAGGUCCGUAUGAAAAACUUGACAUACUUAGUUAAUAUAAGAACUCUCAAACUCAGAUAGUUACUAGCUCUGUUGUUUUUGUUUGAACAGUGUACUUGAUGCUGAAAGGUCAAGGUGGGUGCACUGCUUUCAACUGCUUGACCCUUUCCUUUCAAAAUAUAAAAUAUGUUAAAUCUGUUAGCAUAUAUUAUUAAUAAAAUUGUUGUCUAAACACCAUAUUAACUAUUUAUUUGAUUAUAUAACAGUGUGUCCAUUUGGACUCUUGUUGUGCAACAUCAUAACAUUGCUUACAUUUGUAGAUGAGAGUUAAAUUUUAUCAUUACACAACACUGUACCACAUGAACAUUCAAUAUUACAUGAUUUAUAACGUGUUUAUUGAAAUGUAUAAGUAACAGUGCAAGGUAAACAUGAAGUUAUUAUAACAUGAAACUUUUAUUCUGAGUAAAUUUCAAUUUUCCACUGUUGUGGGAAAUUUGUAUGUUUUUGAUGAGUAAAAGAUGUAUAUUUGUUUCAAAUGUCAGUACUAUUUUGUUUUAAACAUUGUUACAGAAAGAAGUCUGAAAUGUAGUGUAAAACAAAAUAUAGGUUUUCUAUAUAACAAGUCGUUAUACACAUCUUAAUAUGUAAUAACUUUCAAACAAGGGUAAAGAUGUUGGUCUCAAAAUGGUAUGGUGUUAUUAGCACAAUGUUCUUCCAGUAAGAUGGGGUACCACCCCAUUUUGUAUGUGUUUGUGAGGCACUAAAUACUGCCAUAGAAAUUGUUGGAUUAACUAUAUAAAGCCAUUACUCUAGCUACCACAUUCUUCAGACUUAAUGUUGUUGGAUUUUGGCUGUGGGAGACAUGCCAAGCCUAAGGUUUAAACUCCACAUCCAGCAUACUGAUCUCAGUGAUCAUAUGAAGGAUACAGUUGAUGCAAUUCCAGAAUGUGUACUUGGGUGUAUUUCACAAGGCAAGGAUGCCUGAUGAAAUACGCUGAGGCUGACAUGGCUAUGUGCAGACAGUAUUAUAAAACAGACAAAUAUUUAAACCAACUUGUCUUCUACAAUGUUUCUAAUGUUCUUCGUUUAAUAAGUCUGAUAUUUUAAGUUGUGCACAGCCACUUGUGGACACCAUAUAAUUUUUGUUGUUGAAUCACUUUUAUUACCUUAAAACAGAAAUUGAAGUAAUGUUAUUUAAGGUAGUUUAUCAUUAAAAAAGUAGCUUAAAUAAGUAUUACUCACAUGUUAACCUUUAUUGUGAAAUUCAUUCUUUCUUAAAACACUAAUGCUUCUUUUCUUUUGUAAAACAGCUUAACUCCUUAUUUGAAUGUAUACAAUAAGAUCUAUCAAUCAGGAAUCUUCCUUUAGAAUAUCUUUCAAAUCCUUAAACAUACUACAUUGAACCUUUGUCUUUAAUACUUCAGAAUAUAAUUUUUGAAAUAUUAAAAAAAUUUCUUUGGAUAUUUAAUAGUGUAAUAAUUUACUGAUAGAGAAUGAUUCUGAAAUACGGAAUUUGAUGCGUAGUAGGCCACUUUGUUCCACGUAUAAUAGUUAGUACUGGCAGUACUUAAAACUGCUAUAUUGAUUGGGGUUAUAUGAUAUUUUUGUGAUUAAGAAUGAAUUGUAAGAGUUUUCUUUGUGUGUAUAGAAAAGUUUAAAAGGUAUUCACUCUUUAAUUUCUGUCAGAUGUACAUAUAUAUAUAUAUAUAUUUUCAAAUUUUUAUACUUCACUAAUAACAUUUCUACCACUAAAAAUACAUGACUAUGUUAGAAGAUUAAGUUUUAAGGCAAGAGAAUAAAUAGUGCUUACCUCUCAUUAUUCUAAAUAAUUAACAUUUAUACUUGCCAUUGUAGUUCUUAAUUUCUGUUCUCAUCAGUACACUUAGGUAGAUAUCUUUAUAUAUACAUAUACAAGUUUCUAAUUGUGGAAACUAAUUUCAGUAUAAUUUUCACAGUAAUAUUGCAAUUUACUUGUAUAGCGCUGUUUUAUAUAAUGUAAAUAAUCAAGUUCUUGUGAUAUAUUCUUAUAAUAGUUUGAAGUCAUGAGUGCUGUCAUGACUAUCUAUACCACAAAUUCCAUUUUUAGUUAUUGUUAUUACUUCUUUAUAUUUAAAUACUUGUCAUUAGAUGAAGAGAUUGGUGAUAUGUCUUCUGUAAGUUUCUUUCUAGUGUAGCUAAAGUUAAUUGUGAUAAUAAACUAUAUGGUUAACUCAAGUAGAUCCAUUUGAUUCUUUCCAAAUAAAAUAUUGAUCCUUUAACCCUUUUGUUGCGUA